UUUAUUCUACUCCUACUCCUCCAUCGCCAGCUAGGCUGCUGCCCCCUCCACCCUCCGUCCCUCCCUCCUUCCCUGCCUGCCUUGCCUCGCUUUCACUCCCACCUCCUCUACCUCCCUCCACUGGACUCAAAUGCUAGUAACACCGGUAGGUAGGUUAGCUCUUGUCGGUCUGUCAACCUAAGACACACAGUGUUAUAACCAGGCUUUGAUUUUAUUUAUUUGUUUUUAACCACCGGUACCACACACCAGGAGAGAUAACGGUGGGGGGAAAAAAACCGACUGUAUGUGAUAUCCCCUAAUUUGAACUAACAACAACUGCAAGGAGACAAGUGGGCAAAAAAUAAUCAGACUACAUAAUCCCACCUGGAAAGCAGCACACCACUGUAACAAACAACAACAGACAACGACAACCUACCGAGUGACUAGCCAACACACAGAUUGACACUUUGACCAGCCGGGGCUUCACAUAAAUGGCUGACAAGCAGAUCAGUUUGCCUGCCAAAUUGAUCAAUGGGGGGAUCGCUGGGCUAAUUGGAGUGACCUGUGUGUUUCCCAUUGACCUGGCCAAGACUCGCUUGCAAAACCAGCAAAAUGGAUCUCGUCUUUACACCAGCAUGUCAGACUGCCUUAUUAAGACCAUCCGGUCAGAGGGGUAUUUUGGGAUGUACAGAGGAGCCGCGGUGAACUUAACACUAGUCACGCCAGAGAAAGCCAUCAAAUUGGCUGCCAACGACUUCUUCAGGCAUCACCUCUCCAAGGAUGGAAAACUCACUCUGUUCAAAGAGAUGCUGGCCGGGUGCGGGGCAGGUACAUGCCAGGUUAUUGUCACAACUCCUAUGGAGAUGUUGAAAAUCCAGCUCCAAGAUGCUGGACGGAUCGCGGCUCAGAGGAAGCUGAUGCCAGAGACAGUGGCAGCAGGUACUGUGGAGACUAAAUCCCCCACAGCCAUGCAGCUCACGAGAGAGUUACUGAGGGAAAAGGGCAUUGCUGGGCUGUAUAAAGGCCUUGGUGCAACAUUGCUCAGGGAUGUUCCCUUCUCUAUCAUCUAUUUCCCCCUUUUUGCCAACCUGAAUAACCUGGGCAAAAGAGGCGUAGACGGCCCCGCUCCUUUCUACGUGUCAUUUGUAGCGGGCUGCGCUGCGGGGAGCACAGCGGCUGUUGCUGUCAACCCCGUCGAUGUGAUAAAGACUAGACUGCAGUCACUGAACCGAGGGAGCACAGAAGACACAUACAGCGGUGUGACUGACUGUAUCAGGAAAAUCUUGCGUAAUGAGGGUCCAUCAGCCUUCCUUAAGGGAGCCUACUGUCGAGCCUUGGUCAUCGCACCUCUGUUUGGUAUCGCCCAGGUUGUCUACUUCCUGGGCGUGGGUGAAUUUAUCCUUAGCUUCUUGCCUAAAAAAGACAACUAAGAAGCACCUCCUCUCUGCCUUUCCCUCACAUAACGCGUCACACCAACCCGAAGGAUUCAUCUCAUUCUGAAAGAAAUCUCCCGACAGGUCAAAAGCAAUGACCAGUCGGUGGGUUUUUUUAGUUUUAAAUUUGUCGUGUUGAAUGUUGAAAAAAAAAAGUUUAGGAGGGAGCCUUUGUUUGCCAAGCUGCCUGUGGUGGCACACCAAAAUUCCAGUAGGCAUGCUCAGCUCGUUCUCUGGAAAUGAAGCCACAAAUAUCAGUAGACGUUUUAAAGGAAUAUUGCUUUAUAAUUGCAUUUUUCUGAAUAUGAUUGUUGAAUUUGCAAAGCAGAUGUACUGCCCUUGGUUGCUGCAAUUCUGCAAGCCCUACAGUACCUAAUUUACAGUUACGUACUAAAUUAGUAAUUCGCAGUACUAAGUUUUAAUUUUAAACCGUAAAUAGCUAAAUUAAAUGCACAUUAGGAAGACAUUUGAGAACAUUAGAUCUGGUAGCAGAAUCCCCCCACACCUUAUGUCUUCAAAGAUAGUAUAUUUAGAAAUAUAGCAAAAGAAAUAUAUGCCUCCGUCUCAGACAAAGACCCAGGGCAUGUGUUGAUUUGAUACCGGCACACCCCUUGUGAUCUUUCCUGAGAUGCCACAUCCCUUCCUGUAAGAGGUCGUAAUGAACUCAGCCAUUCAGCUCCGAGCAGACUUUGACUGCCUUGGCUUUUUAAGUAGAUCAGGUUCCAUCUGAUAUUUAGAGCGACCACAAUGGUUGGACUGUUUUGCCUCUACGAAAGAUAUCUCGUGUUUCAUAGUCACACAAACACACACACACUAGACUGCGAUGGUGUGUAACAUUUGGGAAUUAUGCACUACCAAACUACUACGUCUACGCAUUGUUUCACCUCCCCUUCUUUCUGUGGGUCGAAAACGGUGAAGCGUACUGUACUUGUGGCCCCGCCCUAAUCAGUGAUGUCACGGCGGGGGGGUAUCCGCUUUUGAUGGAUGAUGGAAAACACCUGCUGUGACAUCACUGAUUGAAUUGUGGCCAAAAGUGUAGUAGAGUGUAAUGUGCUUAAAAAUUUCAGUCCACUGCAGUGCAGCGGCGAUUUCCUGCCCUGCAUGAUUCACUGUGGAUUCACAUGAGAGCAUUAUCUGUGAACACUAAAUGGGUUGAAAGUAAUUCUAAUAGAACACCAGAUUAUUAGUAGACAUUCAGUAAUUAUGCUGACAAAUGGUCAGACAUCACAUGCCGGGAUCUCACUGGUACAGUCAUCCAUUGUGGAGGCAGUAAGACUUAAGUAAGAGUAGUUUAAAUCCCCCUUUAGAUCCAGACAUGAUUUUUAUUGUUUACACAUGAGUUCACACUUGAUUUAGAUUCUUUGAAUGCAGUGGCAGGACCCAAAGAGCUAAUGAAAAACAUUUCUCAACCAAUGCGGUUUCAGUGUUCUAUGAGUUUUACCAAACAUCUCUGCCUGUUUGCUUUAGAGGUUUUGUUUGCUUUAAGCUGCUCGGGGUUGGGGAGGAAAGCAGCCCAUGUCGUUUAUGCAUCACAACACUGAAGCCCUGCCAUUGGUUUAUCACGCCUGGAGAUCAAGGUGACAUUGAUGUGUAUUCUCCAAUCACAUUCCUUCCUCGCUCCCCGCUGUCCGAGCAGCUCGUCAGUUGCAACCGUUGCACCGUAGACUCGCGGGGCAACUUCUCGUGCGUGUUAUCGUUUAUGGGAGUGAGAUCUAUUUAUCAAUAUUCCUUUCUAUAGGCAGCAUAGCACUAUAUAUUUGUAUGUGAUGUUUUAUUUCUGUGUCAAAGUGUCCACCUUAACUAUAUUGUACAUAUGCAGAUGAUAUGAACUUUAUGUUUUAGGAUUUAUUGUUUGUUUUGUACAUGAUGGCUUAUUUGCACACCUACCUCUCCAACUCCCCCACCGCCCCCCUCCAAUCCAUAUUGUGGUGAUUUUGUGUUACGAUGACGUGGACAUAUCAAAUGAAGGAAUCUGUUUUAAUGCAACAAGCGUCGUAUGAACUCAAAUGCAGCAUAUUGAUGAGGGUCAUUUUUUACUGUAUGCAAAGGGGAACACUAGUGUAGGUCUAGGAUGUUUAUUUGGAGGUGCCAUUUCUCCCGAGCUAUCGGUUAAGUUGGCCUGUUGUCCUGUUUCCGACAGUUUUAUCACCUAGGACCUAAUGAAGCAUCAUAUGAUGAUGACAAAAACGUAGUUAGGUGUAAGCGGCACUACUUACUGGAAAUAAAAUCCUGGAUACAGCCAACAGGGAUGUGCUGACGUUAGACUGUAAACUGUCUUCUUGAAUGGUGCUUCUUUUAUGAGAUUGCUACAUGAUGACAACAGUGGCACACACACACACACACACACAUAUAUAUAUACAUAUAUAUAUACGACCAAUGCUGUAUCGACUGAAACACAUGCUAGCAAAUCUCAGCGUUGUCUUAACUGAAAGCCAUAGGCCAGGGAGGAGCAACACAACUGGCACCUCCAGCCACGAUGGCAGCAGAUGACAGAAAAAAAACACAAAAAAAAACCUGUCUACUCGUGUGAGCCCUACUUUAUGAAUUCCUGUUGUAGUUUUUUCAACAUUCCUAUUGCCAGUUCAUCUCAUAUAUACAGUAUAUAUGCCUAUUUUUGUGUCGUUGAGAUUAUUGUUAUGAUUUUUGAAUCCUCCCUCGUCUGUUUUCAGAUUUUAUUGUCUGUUUUUUUUUUUUGGUUGAAUCUUGAAAAUGUCGUGCAGAGUCAUUUUGUUUUACUCAGCUGUGAAUCCUCACUGAUGUUGUGCAUUUUGGUUACGUAUGUGUGUGCGUGCGUGCGUGUCUGACCGUGUAGUGCUGUAGUUGAUGUGUAGUUGUUAGCGUGAUACUGCGGUAUUUUUCUCUUUGAUUGUCAGACCUAUGCUCUCUCCCCUUUUCUCCUUCUAUAUGUCACACUCCUCUAGCACCUCCUCUCCCCCUGCAUCCACAGCCAGAGGGGGGGAAGCGCAGGUUAACGCAGAGGAGCUCUAAAACACCAAAUGUAUGACUUAGUGUAUACAAUCAAAGAAAGCACAAAGGAUUAUUAGGCACAAGAGACUACACACCCCACUUUGAUUAGUCCUUUUCACAGCGAUGUGCUGCUUUUGCAGACAUGGAUUAAAGAUUUAUUUCAGUGGAGAUGCUGAUCGAGGUUAACUUUUAAGUCUUACGAGAAAGUUUAUCGACGUCUGUAAAAACUUGAUCCAUAGGGCUGAGACGACAAGGAUAAGUGGUGUCCACUAUGUUUGUUAGCCAUCAGCAGUUAUCCACAAAAUGUAUAUCGCCUACAUAUUCUAAAUGAAAUCAGAUAUAAGAAUGUAACUUAGAUAUUAUAAGAUGUAUUAUAAUUAUAGUGAAGAGUUUAUUACAUUUUAAUCUAAAGAUUUGUGAUUUACACAUUGACUGAAAAAAAUUAAAUAAUUCAUGAACCAGCUCACUGAUAUGCAAUAAGUAGAAACCACACACACACACACAGAAAAGACACAACACCACCUUUCAGUUACAAAAUCACACCGUGUACGAUGCAACCAGGGACCUUGGAGGCCUUCCAGGUUCACAGCCUCUGUUGUCUUCCUCCAAGAGGAUUGUGCAUUACAGCACUUUAAAACAAGGCCCCCCCCCCAACACACACACACACACCUCACUGUCCAUCUACAAAUCUAUCUCUCUAUGACAAAGAGGGUGUUUAUGUGUGGUGAAUGACACAGCUGUCCUACACAUCGUUGACAAUGCAAUGGAAAAAUAACAUAAAAAAAUAAAAUAUUGUGUUCCCUGUCACAAUUUGCUGUUCAAUAAACUGACUGUCCUCAAAUCUG